GUCGCUGUCAGCACUUCUUCUGGCUCACAGCGAGUAUCAGCAAUUCACGUUGCUAUCUAGCUGCUAUGCUAUCAAACAGGUUGCUUAGCCUUGUUAGCCAACGCGUUAUUGCUGCUAAUAAAUGUAACGUCGUUGUACCAGGGACUUUGACAACACUCGUAAGACCAGUUGAAAAUGCGGAGACGUGACGGCAUAUAGGAAAAACCUGGAAAUGGACAAGGAGAGCAAACUGUCAUCUGCUGACCAAAAACACCAGAGGAGACAGAGGAGGGAGCCUGUUGAGCCGCACACAACCUCAUCAACACAUCUGGUUUUACCAGAUCCUUAUGUGUCUGAUCACAGUUUGAGAGGGAACCAGUCAGAUGUGAGCUUUAAGCAGAGUCCAUCAAAAACAAAUGGAAUGCCUGCAGGAAGAGGAGGAGAUGUGUCAAGGGUUCAUGGCUACAGCAGCAGCCGUCGUGUUAGAGAGAACAGCGAUGAUUUUCUGCAGAGAGAAAGGACUGUACGGAACCCCCAAGCAAAGACUUCAAAAACCAACAAUUAUACUCCAUCUCAGAGCAAAGGAAUGGGCAAGAACCAACGCAAUGCUCAUAGAAAAGAUGUUAGAGGUGCCAGAUCUGACUCGAACUCUGGAGAGAAGUCGAUACCAUCUCAGUCACCCUCGAUUCCCUUUGAGGUGAAGAUGACUGAUUUCCCAGAGUUAGCUGGUGUCAUGCCAAGUAAAGCAGACCCUGCUCAUUUUCAGAGUGGGUGCUGGGGUCCUAUUUCUCAAAGAUCUGCCUCUUCCUGGAAGGCUGGAAAGACAGAGUCCCCUACACAGUCUGAUUGCCAAGAAAUUGCUAAGAAUGUUCAGCCAGAUUCUGCCGCUACAUUGUUGGAUCAGCCAGUGGUGACAUCCUGGGCCAACGUCGCCUCUCAACCUCCAAAGAAACCUGUCCCUAAAGAAAAAACAACCAGCAGCAACAGCAUGCAGAUGGAGGAAUCUGCUGUGGAGCCAGAAGAUGAAGCCUCAGGGAAGAAAAAACGAAAGAAAAAGAAGAAAAAAGCUAAAGGUGCUGGUGAAAACGCAGAAGCUGAAUCAGAAGUGACAGCAGUGUAUCAGGAGCCCCCAAAAUUUGAGGAUGAAGAGGAGUUUCCAGACUUGAAUGUUGCUUUUACUGGGACUACCAGAUUGGUUACAAGCAGCUAUGCAGCAAAACUAUGCAAUGAGGAAAACCAAAAAGAUGUUCAUCAGUCUGCUGAACAAAUUAAGGGAAAAUCACCUGCAACAAAAUCUGCACCUACAGAGACAACUAAAAAGAAAGCUGAAAAGGUAUCUGGAAAGAAGAGCAAAGUUCCUGUUCAGCUCGACAUUGGAAACAUGUUGUCUGUCCUGGAAAAGAAGCAACAGUCUCAGAAAGCCAAGCAGGAUGCCAAGCCAGUCAUUCUUUCAGUUGGUGGAGGACUUCCCGUAGUCCAGAAGCAGCCACCAGUCCAGAAGAAAGCACCAUGGCAGCAAGAUAAAAUUGCACACAACCCUCUGGACUCCACCAGCCCCUUAGUGAAGAAAGGAAAGCAGAGAGAAGUGCCUAAAGCCAAGAAACCCACUCCUCUCAAGAAGAUCAUUCUGAAAGAAAGGGAGGAGAGGAAACAAAGGCGUUUGCUGGAGGAGAUGGGCCUGCUGCCUGAAAAUGAGUUCAUAGCAGACAAACCCGCAGAAGACCAGUGUGACACCAGUGCCACAGGUGAAGUUGGAAGUCCUACAGAGGAGCCUGACGAGGAUAAGUCAGAGUUAAAUGGCUCUGACCAUCUGGACAAAGAGGAUGGGCAAGAGCUCGACAAAGAAGAACAAAAGGAAGACACUGCAGAGCAGCAAACCACUUUACCUGUGACUCUCCCAGCCAAUCGACCAAAAAUCCACAGCAGAAAGUUCAGAGAUUAUUGCAGCCAGAUGCUGAGUAAAGAUGUGGACAAGUGUGUGACAGAUCUGCUGAAAGAGCUGGUCCGUUUCCAAGACCGCCUGUACCAGAAGGACCCAAUGAAGGCCCGCAUGAAGAGACGCAUUGUGAUGGGGCUAAGGGAGGUCCUGAAGCACCUCAAACUCAGAAAGGUCAAAUGUGUCAUCAUCUCACCCAACUGUGAGCGCAUCCAGUCAAAAGGAGGCCUGGAUGAGGCUCUGUACACAAUCAUUGACACUUGUCGUGAACAGGGGGUGCCGUUUGUGUUCGCUCUCUCCAGGAAAGCUUUGGGUCAUUGUGUUAACAAAGCAGUGCCCGUGAGCCUUGUGGGUAUCUUCAACUAUGAUGGUGCACAGGACUUCUACCAUAAGAUGAUCGAGCUGUCCUCUGAGGCCAGACAAGCAUAUGAGGUGAUGGUGUCGAGCUUGGAGCAGUCAGAGCAGGCGGAAGAGGAGCAGACAGCCAACACGAAGGAAGAGCUGGAGGUCAGCAGUCUGACAGAGGCUGUGCCCAGUGCUGAACCCACACAGCUAGAAGAACCAGAAUACAUCAAAAUUUGGAAGAAAAUGUUGGAGAAAGACUACAACCACAAGUUCCUGAACUUUGAGGAACAGAUGAACUCCAUGCACUUGGACAGUGAAUGCACUGACAUCCUCGAUGAAGAGGAGAAGAGCUGACAGCGGUGAACUUUUUGUGCCUAAAACAAAAAAUAAACUGUGAUGAUGAUCACCAGCUUAAAAAUGUAGAAUGAAAAACCUCAACCUGGAGAUUUUGUAAGGAAAUUAAUCAUGAUGUUAGUAUUUUUUAAAUAAAUUAUGAAAUCCUUUGUUUUA